GCCACGGGAACGGGGUGCGGGCUGCCCUGAGGCUGCUUCCACCACCCGAGCCCUGCCGUGGGACGUGGGGGAGCACAGCCUGGGGGGGCUUUGAUGGAGGUGAGGGCAGAGCGCUCUGCGGCUUUCCGUGAUGCAGAAGGGGCAGGGGUUCAUUUCUGCACGAGCGCAACGGGAUAAAACGUGAAGGAGUCAUCUGUGCUUUCUCGAAGCAAGAGGAGAUCGGUGCCCGGACCCUAACGCGGCACCCUCGGUGAGAUCUGCACUGCAGCGGCCGGGAAGCGGAGCCCGGGGAUCGUCCCCAGCAGUGCCGACCAACAGCUGCACCGCGAGCUUCCAGCACGCGGCUCUGACCGCUUAGAGCCCGGCCGACAUGUCGGGAAAACGCGCCGCCAAGAAAAUCCCCGCGUCGGAGCUGUCUCCCGAAAGGAAGAAACUUAAAAUCAGCCACCCGUCGCACCGCACGCAGCCCGGCCUGGUGCUCGUGCUAGGGCAGGGGGACGUCGGGCAGCUGGGCCUGGGGCAGGACGUGAUGGAGAGGAAGAAGCCGGCCCUGGUGCAGCUGCCGGAGCUGAUGGUGCAGGUGGAGGCAGGAGGGAUGCACACCGUGUGCCUCAGCGAGACGGGCAAAAUCUACACCUUUGGCUGCAACGACGAAGGCGCCCUUGGGCGCGACACCUCGGAAGAAGGAUCGGAGACCACGCCGGGACCUGUGGAGCUGGAGGAGGUGGUGGUGCAGGUCUCUGCAGGGGACAGCCACACGGCCGCGCUGACGGAUGACGGCAGGGUUUUCAUCUGGGGCUCUUUCCGGGAUAACAACGGGGUGAUCGGGCUGCUGGAGCCCAUGAAGAAGAGCACCGUUCCUGCGCUGCUGCAGCUCGGUGUACCCGUUGUUAAAAUUGUCUCAGGGAACGACCACUUGGUGAUGCUGACGGUGGACGGCGACCUGUUCACGUGCGGCUGCGGCGAGCAGGGCCAGCUGGGCAGGGUGCCGGCGCUCUUUUCCAACCGAGGAGGACGGAAGGGGCUGCAGCGCCUGCUGGUCCCCCAGCGCGUCCCUGUCAGAGGCAAAGGCAAGAUGCGUUUCCAGGAUGCCUUCUGUGGGGCUUACUUCACCUUCGCCAUCACACGGGAAGGACACAUCUAUGGGUUCGGCCUCUCCAACUACCACCAGCUGGGGACCCAGGGCACCGAGCCCUGCUUCUCCCCACAGAACCUGACGUCCUUCAAGAACUCCACCAAGUCCUGGGUCGGGUUCUCCGGUGGGCAGCACCACACGGUCUGCGUGGACUCAGAGGGUAAAGCCUACAGCCUGGGCAGGGCCGAGUACGGCCGGCUGGGUCUCGGGGAAGGGGCAGAAGAGAAGAGCACGCCCACUGUCAUCCCAGACCUCCCCAGCAUCUCUUCUGUCGCGUGCGGCGCGUCGGUCGGCUACGCUGUCAGCAGUGACGGACGAGCAUUCGCGUGGGGAAUGGGCACCAACCACCAGCUGGGCACGGGCGAAGAGGAGGACGCCUGGAGCCCCGUGGAGAUGACAGGGAAACAGCUGGAGAACCGCCUGGUCCUGGCCGUGUCCAGUGGAGGCCAGCAUACGGCCCUGCUGGUCAAGGACAAGGCGCGGAGCUGAUCCCGCCGUCGGGGCGCAGUGGGAUCGCGGGGCCCACGCGCGUCUCCUCCUGCCAUCAGCCCCACGUGGGGCAGCUGGUUCCCAGCUCUGCUGUCUCCCAAACCACGGUGGGGGAAGGCAGAGGGCUCCCAGAGCCCCGUCUUCUCAGGUGCCCUGUCUUCUCCGGUGCCCCGUCUUCUGUUUCCGUGUUGCCUUCCAGGUACCUGCGCCGGGAAGGGAGGCACUGCGAUGCGAGGAUGGGUUUUAUACGUUAAGUUAUAGCAAUAGGGGGGGGGAAGCUGCGUGUGCUUGGGGCUGGUCAGGAGCCUGGGAGCUGUACGACGGCCGACGUUGAAUUUUUUUUUAAAGAAAAUGUAAAGUAUUUUGGUUGAUUGAGGAAGAGAGUGGGGGUGGGGGUGGGGUGGAA